AUGGCGAGGUAUCCUAUUGCACAAACUUCUAAUAUCCUUAAUGCAGCGCGGCUGGUCCAUCUUGCGCAGCUUCCUGCUGCAAUGAGAAGCGGUCCCCAGAUGGAUAAUAUAUGGUAUCUGGUAGCUGCAGCAGCUUUCAAUACCUGUAACGAACCGCGAGAGAUUCCGUUGCUGUAUCACUUUGCUCUACUGCGUCACACAAGCGGGGCUGUGGACGAUCCUUCGGACGAGGAGGUUGCACGGAAAGUGGUGAAGCUCUUCGACAGGGACGAGGGCUCGCGGAGGGCAACGUUCAAUCAGUGGUAUCGGACGCCGACGGCUGGCCAGCGGCAGAUCACGCAGCGGUUUCGGGAGACACUUCUGAAGUCUGUUGCGCUAAGUGGUCUGCCGCGCGCUAUCAACAGUCUGCAUGUGCUGGCGCAGGAAACACCAGAGAGCCUCCUUCCUGAGCAUGGCGCGGUCAAGUUGGACGAGCGCAACAAUGGACAGUUGUUUGCGCAUGCUGCGCGGAACAAUGGGAUGGACCAUGAGGCGCUGGUGGCGCGCGGCUUGGAGCACUGGUGCCACAUCUACGGGAAGGUGUCUGAGCGCGUGGCUAACAACCUGAACGCGAGCUAUCCAGACCUGUGGUACCACGCAAUCGUGAAUGUAUAUGCACCGUUGCUCUCCCACAGCGGCCCGCUAGAUGCUCGGGAGACAAGUUUGGUCAUCAUCGCGAACUUGGUCCCGCAGGAUGUAAACGCACAAUUGUGGGGCCAUCUGCGCGGCGCGCAGAACAUCGGUUGCGAGGCAGAAGCCAUUGAGUGUUCACGGCAACUCAGUAUAGAGGUUUCACGUAUGUGCGGGGUCCGCUGGAAGGGCGCUGUAGCGAAACUGUAG